AUGGCCGAGAAGAGUCGGACAGACACGAUGGAGAUCGGGCGCAGCAGAACGUCCGUGGAAUGCAGUGUUGUAUCUGUUAGCAGGCAAUCGAGUAGGGGAGACGAUAGACGUGCGCGUCUUGAUGCGACGUCGUAUACGGUCGUGCGCGAAGAUGACUGUGAGAGGACUUCGCCCCAAAGGUACUGCACCCCUAUGCAAGAUAGAGAAUCAUAUCACCCUCGUGAGACCAACAAGUCUCCAACAGUACACAAGGAUACAUACGAACACGGCACAAUCGAAAGGACUGAGAGCGUUCAACGCAGAAGGGCUACGUACCGCUCGCACGAACGAGAUCAUUUAGCGGAGAGACAGGCAGAUACUCGCCAUGACUGUAGCGCGAGGGUACGAGAGUCGUCCACGUGUAACGCCUCGGGAACUCCAGUAGCUAAGCCGGAUCGAGAGUUGAGUCAUCGCUACAGUGGUCAUACACCGAGAGAUACCGCGAAGACGUCGCGCAAUGCGGAUGCGAACAGCGGCUCGCGGGGCCAGGAAAGAGAGUGUACUUCAAUUGACAGUUAUUGUGUCUCAGCUGACAAACGGCGCGUGUCUGCUGACAGAGAGCGUGUAUCUGGUGAACGAGACAUGCCCACACCACGCACCCGGGCAAUGACACGUAGCCGGCAAACGGAUUUCCACUCAUCCGAACGAGCAUUCGAACGAGCAUCUGUGGCAAAAUACACCGAACGAGAUCUGCGGAAAAGCUCGGGUACAGGAUCCAUGCCCACAUCGAGGCACAGGGAAAAUAAGGAGCAUAGCUAUGUGCACUUGGAUGCACCUACACCCUGUCGGCGUGGAGAAUUGAGUGGCGCGGCAGGCAAGAGCCGAACGUCCAUCGACAAGAGAACGCCCGAGUCAUCCACUUUAUCGCACAAUACCUUAUUGAGAUACUUCGUAGAUGAAGACGCAAAUACACAGGACGGUGUCGGCGUGGGUACCCGAGCGGAUAAGAAGACGCCUUCCCCAGCAGUCAAGGACGGUUCUAAACACGACAGACCUAAAAAAGUCGACAACAAGAAACCGGCUCAGAGAAGAAAGAAAAAGGAGGCAGUUGUCGAUCCCAAUCAGAGCAGUCUUCUAGAUUACGGAUACCGACGAAGCCGCCGCAAGACUCAGAGUGAGGUUAAGCAAAAAAAUUGGCUGCUAUUAGAAAAGCGAAUACUUGAACAGGACGAGUCGCAUCUAGAGAUAUACGAGGAUGAGGUCAUGGGUAAAGGCUUGCGCUGUAAGAUCAAUCUCAUCCGAGGUGAUUUCGUCUGUGAGUAUUCCGGAGAUUUGAUUGAUCCUGUGGAAGCAGACAGUGUUGAUGCUACAGUUGCGGGCAGGAAGGGACGUCUCAUUAACCAUAACAAGAAACUAGCAAAUGUUCACACGAAAGCUUUCCUGGUCGUUGAUACUCCGCGAUUAUGCUUUUUUGCAUCGCGCGAUAUCUCUGCUGGUGAAGAGCUUCAGUACGACUAUGGAGAUCGCAGGAAGGAAGUAAUACGGGCCAUGCCCUGGUUGGCUCAGUAA